ACCUCGGCCACAAUCGCAAUCGCCUCCGUGAUAUGUACACUAACAUCUUAUCUUUGAAAAUGUUUGAACGAUUAGACAAUAAUCGAUUUACGUUCAUACGUUUGUAUCUAAAAUUGUUUAAUAAUUCAAAGUCGGUGUGCGGCUCUGUGUUAACGUUCUAAGUGUGGUGCGUGUUAUAUUCGGCAUGUCGUCGACUUCAACGUCGUCGCUCACCGGGAGGAAGCUGGUGCUUAGUACGCUUUUAGAAACGGAUCACUACGAGAGCCUUAUCAAAGACUUGACGUGUACAAAAUGUGCAAAGUACAUGAAACCUCCGAUUCACUUGUGCGUUGAUGGACACAGCUUGUGCGGCCCUUGCUUCGAGAAGAGUUUUCAGUGUCACUUGUGUAAGAAAGAGUUCUCUCUGGUUCGACCGAUGGUUUUGGAGUCUUUGGCGAAUAAAGUCCUGUUCCCGUGCACGAACGCAGGAUGUCCGAAACACGCGAACCUGGACAUGCUAGAGAAGCACAUUCCCCACUGUCAAUUUAGAAUCAUUAAUUGUUUUAUGGCACGGGUUUAUGGUGACUGUUCUUGGGAAGGACGUGCUGGUGAAUGGAUGGAUCAUUGUUUUGUUCAACAUAAACAGAAAGUGACAGAAUUACCAUUUAUAACUGUUAAGGACAAAUGGGAUGCAAAAAGAACAGAACCCGUUCUUAACUAUUUUCUAAUGAAAUGUUACGAAAGGGUGUUUAAUGUUUAUCAAAUCUAUGAUAAAAGAGGAGGUAGAAUGAUGUGGACUGUUCUGGUGAACGAUGAUAAUGCGGAUAAAUUUUAUUUCGAAGUUGAUAUAUUUUUACCAAAUAUACCGAGCAAAAGAAUUGUCUACAGGCGACCUUGUAAGUGUGAAAAGGAUGCGGAUUUCUUAGAACACACACAGAACGUGUACAUUCCCGUUGAAAAUGUUUUUUCAAUGUUAGAUGAGAGCGAAUCGAUGAAUUUUACUGUGCGAAUUGGUGAAGUUGAGAAUCUGCCAAUGCUUGAAACCCCUACUGGAAGUGAGAGUUUAAUUCUUCUACAUCACGAAGACGUUAAGGAACAAAAUCAUUAAACAAUCUUAGGAAAUACAAUUUAGUCACACCCAGUCACCGUGUUACUUUAAUAGUAUAGUAAUAAAAACACCAAUUGUAGUCUUAAAAUAUGUUCUUUGAACGUGGUAGUUAUAGUAAAAGUAAAGAGUUGAAACUUAUUAAUUGCCUAGUGCUAUUCACUAACUACGUAGAUCAAACAAUAUUGAAUGAAGGUAGUGAAAUAUCCAAUCGUUGAAAUGUUCUGAAAGAAACUACAAUAUUUUUUUUUAUAUCAAAACAUUGUAUCAAAAUCAAAAAAUAAAUAUUUUUAUGAAACCGUUGAACACGGUAAUUCCCCUUUUCCUUGCUUCGAAAAAUGUAGUUUAAUACCGUUCAUCGGAUCAAAGAAAGUUUGAGUUUCCCCUCCUAAUUCUUGUUAGAACAAGAUAAAGUUUUUAUGUCGUUGUUUGUUUAACAAGGCUUUUCUUUUUUAUUACCGUCGCGCGAGAAAAAUGUUGUUACAAAAAGUAUUCACAGGCGUAUUAUCUAGCAGUUA